GUCUCGCCCCAGGCCUCUCCCUGGCCCGCGGGUAGUGAGGCAGGAGGUUGGGAGGGAGUGGAGCUCCUGGCUCCUGGUUCACUCUCACCCAGACUCUGUGAUGACCUUGAGCCAGAGCUCCCCCUGUCUGCCUCUCCUUCCUCAUCUGCACAAUGGGGUUUGGGUUGGCUGGAGGGUUCCCAUAGGUGGCCGAUUCCAGCUCCUUAAGGAUGGGGACAGUGAAGCCUGGUGUUUAGGGACGUUGAGGUGCCUGGCUCCCAGCCCGUCCCAGCCUGAGCCCUGGAGACAGCAGCCGCCCUGCUGCUGAGCUGCAGCGACAGAAUGAAGGCUCCGAGUCGGCUCCUGCUCGUCAUUCUGUGCUCCGUGGGCUUCUCUACUGCCUACAUCCUGCUGUGCUGCUGGGGCUGCCUGCCCUUCUGCUUGGCCUGCCUAGACCCCCACCUCUCAUCCAGCUCCAGGCCCACCGUGCCAGGGCCCCUGCACUUUAGUGGUUACAGCAGCGUGCCAGAUGGGAAGCCGCUGGUUCGCGAGUCAUGCCGCAGCUGUGCUGUGGUGUCCAGCUCUGGCCAGAUGCUGGGUUCGGGCCUGGGCCCCCAGAUCGACGGUGCUGAGUGUGUCCUGCGCAUGAAUCAGGCGCCCACCGUGGGCUUCGAAGCGGACGUGGGCCAGCGCAGCACCCUGCGUGUCGUCUCACACACGACUGUGCCUCUGCUGCUACGCAACUACUCACACUAUUUCCAGCAGGCCCGAGACACCCUGUACGUGGUGUGGGGCCAGGGGAAGCACAUGGACCGGGCGCUCGGCGGCCGCACCUACCGCACGCUGCUGCAGCUCACCAAGGUGUACCCGGGCCUGCAGGUGUACACCUUCACCGAGCGCAUGAUGGCCUACUGCGACCAGGUCUUCCAGGACGAGACCGGCAAAAACCGGCACUGGGUCGCGACUCUGCAUUCAAAAUCUCACUGUAUCCCGGCCUCCUCCACGCACGCUGGCUUCUCCCCCACCUCCCCAGCUCAGGAACUACAGCUGCCAGCCUCCAGUUUUCCAGCCCAAAACUUGGGCUUGGCCCCCAACUCUCCUCAUUCCAUCAUCUGCCACAUACGACGGGCCCUCGAAUCUCCUUCCAUGCCCACAGCAGCUUCCUCUUUUGAGAAUGUCAGCGUCGGGUAUGGCGGUUCCUGGCCAGGACAGGGCCUGGGAAGUGCUCAGUUUGAGCGAAUGAACCACCUCAUUAAUGCCUCUGCAGAGGUGGAGGCGAGUGGCCCUGAGCUGAGAGAGUGACCAGUGCUGGUACCUUGAGAGAGUGGAGGCCUGGGGUGGCCACACGGCCCCUUGUUCUGAGUUAGGUGCGGAGUCAUGGGGGUGCUGCUGGGCUAACAGUGUUCCCUCCUUAUAACCACCUAUAAUUAUCCGCAUUUCACAGUCGGGUCACUGAGGCUCAGAGAGGUUCGUGAGCAAAUCUGAUACCUCAGAGCAGGUGCAGGGUUGGAACUAAAGACAGUUUGCCUGCAGACAACCCCCUUUCUCACUUUUAACCGCCGUGCCCUGCUGCCUCCCGCUACCUCCCUAACUAAGCGUGGUCCGUUAGAUGCAGAGAGGAUGUGGCCAGGGCCUCUGCACCGUUGUCCAAAGGUUUGCUCAAGCCGUGCAUGGCUGGCGAAGAAUUGAACAGACCUAGGUUUGUGUCCAGCUCCAUCUCUCUGGCCUGUUGCUGGCUUUGUGCUGGCUCUGCCCCCUCCCCAGCCUCCUCCAGAGCCCCUUCUGUAGGGGUUAAGGUGAGUGGCCUUCAGCUGGAAGGGUAACCCGUGCUGCGCCUUGCUAGAGCUGAGGCCAGUGCCUCCACACCGCCCCUUGCUCUGAGUUGAGUCGGGGACGCGACAGGCUGACUGUGUUU